AUGCCCAGCUCGGCGGAGGAGGCGCGCAAGCGCGCGAUGAAGUUGGCCUCUGAGGCAGAGGUGCGAAGGACCUGGACGGGUUCCCACAGGAUGCCCAGGUCCCGACUCGAAGGCGUGGAUUUGGCCCCGGCGGUUGUCGCCGGACCACCGCCUCUGCCGCCUUUGCCGCCGCGGAUGCUGGUGAGGUCGAACUCAGCAGAGGUGUGGUGGGACAUCUAG